CAUCAUCCUGGAGAAGAGAAGGUUUUGCUCAGUUUCUCAUCUCCAAGGGCUUUGCAACCUCUCUGCCAUCUCCUGGACGGACCAUCAGUUGCCAAAGCAGAGGCUCAGUUGGGCUGGAUCCAAGGCAGAAUCCCAGACUGACUCUCCAUUUCUGGGUACCCAAAAACAUUCAUCCUGUUGGAGAGCGAAAAAAGCAGCCGGAAUGGCCUGGAAAGAGGACAGUCAGAGGGAUUUUCCUGCCAGAUCAAAAUUUUAUCCCCAGCUGGACAGACCAUUGCAAGACUAAAAGUUGAAUUUGGGCUGAUUUGAGGUGCUCUUCCUUGAAGACAACAGUUGGGGGGAUUUCUCUGCCUGACCUACUGUAAGUUGUGUCUCCAGUUGUACAGACCUUUGCAAGGCGAAAGGUUGCAUCUGGGGUGAUUUGGAGUGCUCUUGCUUGAAGACAACAGUUGGGGGGAUUUUUCUGCUUGACUAAAGUUGCAUCCAGUUCUGGACAGACCUUUGCAAGACCAAAGCUGCAUCUGAGGUGCCAAGUUGGGGAGAAAAGAAGGGGAUACAGUGAAAGUUCCAAGUUGCCUUUUAGGAGGGCUUUCUGUAAGACCAAAGUUGUUUCUUUUGGAAAGAAGAAAUCUGCCUUUUGGGGAGGGAGAGUUGGUGCCCCACCAAAGGGAUCUCUGGGGUGACUUUUUGCAAAACGUGAGGUCCCCAUUCCUUGUGUGGAAACAAAAGACCCACAUCUAGACCACAGUCACACAUCGGCAAAACUCCAAGUGGGGAUUCUGUUUUGGGAAGAAGGACUCUUUUUCUCCAUCAAGGUGGGUUUCCAGGCCUGGCAAGGGACCCUUGUUGGCUUGAAGGGACUCUUCUCCAAGAACUGGAGCCUGGGUCUGGCACACAUGGAACCCAAGGGCCCACAGGGGGCAUGCAGUGUUUUCUCCUCCUUUUCCCUCUCUUGCUUGUCCUUUGGGAGAUUCCCCAUGCCCAGGCUGUCGGGGAACCCUGUUGGGAAGCCCUCUUGCGGUGCCAAGAUGAGCCAGACUGUGGAUCUGCCUACAGCCAGUCCCAAACAGCUUGCCAACCAGUUCUGGACGGGGAGAGGCCCACUCCAGUUUGCCCCAGCCAUUGCAUCGGUGCCUUGGUACGUCUGAAUAGGAGUCGGAGUGGGCCAGCAUUGGAGCAGUGCCACUGUGGUUCAGACAUGCGAUGCCAACACCUCAAAGCUGCCAUAGAGCCCUGCCUGCCCCGGCCUUCCCGCAGUGGCCUGGGUUGCAUGGCAGCCCGGUUCCGAUGCCAACAGGAACCCACGUGCCAAGCUCCGCUUUCUGCCUACUUGGCCCAUUGUGGGCAGCUUUUCAAUGGACGGCGCUGCACGGGAGAGUGCCGGGCUGCCAUUGGGCAACUCUUGGUAGCACCUGGUGGGCCAGCUUUGGAGCGCUGCAUCUGUGAUGGUACCGAGAGGCCCUUUUGCCAAGUCCUCAAAGCCAACAUGGGACGACUGUGCUUCGGACCUGGGAUGGUACUCCUGGAAGCCACAGAAUAUGAGGAAGAGGAGGAAGAAGAGGAGGAGGAAGAGGAGGAGGAAGAGGAAGAGCAUGAUGGGGGAGGGCAGGUGGCUAGCAGGGGGCCUCUGAUUCCCUCCAAUGGGCUAUCUCACCUGUCCUCCCUAUGGACCUCUUUGGCCUUUGGCCUCCUCCCUCUGGGGUUACUUUAGAGAAUUGGCCAAGCCAACUUUUCUCCAUUUCUGGUGGUGCUAGUGGCUGGCUUCCUUCAAGUCAUUUCUGACUUAUGAUGACCAUAUCAUGUUUUUUUCUUGGCAAGAUUUGUUCAGAGGAGGUUUGCCAUUGGGACCUUGGGCAAGUCACAUGUGCAUCAGGAGAGAAGCUGCUGACCUAUGGAAAAACUGAGUGGGAGGGGGACAAUUUUAGUGCAACUUUUAUAAAGUUUGGUACAAAAGGUACAUUGAUGCUACUUGUGUGCCUUUCUCAUGACAUUUUCAAAUGAGGGCCUUCCAAUAUGGAUAUAAUUUCUUCUUAAUGUUGACAAAAAGACCUUGGGAGUAAAAAUCACCAGUGUGACGAAGCAAAGUGGACAGAUUUUACUUGUCUCAUGUGUAUCAAUGGUUGGUACUAUUCCACUGUGGGUAAAUGGCAGCUGGGGAGAGGACUGAAAGGUGGGAGGAAUGGGAUAAUCCCCCCCCCCCCCCCCCGCAGUCCUGACCUCCCCAAUGACUGGCCACAGAUGCUAUGGACAGAUACAUUUGCAACAGUCCAUGCUCUGUUAAACAAUACCUUUAACAAUACUUUUUUCAGGAGUGGGCAUCUGUGGAAGACUGGGUGAAUUAGGCCCUCAGGAGACCUUGUGGGGACACAUCUCUCAUACCGCUCCCACCACACACACAUACACACAAAAAUAUAUUUGUUGUUGUCAACUACCCUCGAGUCGAUCUC